AUGCUGACUGCGAUCAACUUGAAUAAACAGACGCUAGACGAGGAGGGGCUGGUGUACGCAGUGGAGUUCUCUCACAGGUCUGGCAGAGACCUCCUCAACGUGGCCAAGAAGAGAACCAACAUCAUCCCCAUCAUUGAAGAUGCCCGACACCCACACAAGUACAGGAUGCUCGUGGGCAUGGUGGAUGUGAUCUUCGCGGACGUUGCUCAGCCUGACCAGACCAGGAUCGUCGCCCUCAAUGCGCACAACUUCCUGAAGAACGGAGGCCACUUCGUCAUCUCCAUCAAGGCGAACUGUAUCGACUCGACUGCAGCCCCGGAAGCAGUGUUUGCGGCUGAGGUGAAGAAGAUGACUCAGGAGAACAUGAAGCCCCAGGAGCAGCUCACGCUGGAGCCCUACGAGAGGGACCACGCUGUGGUCGUGGGAGUCUACAGGCCACCACCUAAGCAGAAGAAAUGAAGCUCCUGAAAAAAAAAAAAAAAAAAAAACGUUAUGAACUUUAAACCCUGGCGCUGCCAGCGCUCCCCUGGCACGGAGACCAUAAGGAGGGAGGGGUGGCAUCACUGACCCGUUUGGAAACUCGGGAGGUGCCAAAAAUGGACCGUUUUCAGGGCUAGCGGUGUCACCCUGGCCUUUAAUUUCUUUUCCCUUCACGUAUAUAAGACAUUUAGGAUUGUUGAUAUUUUUUAAUUUAAUAAAGAAAGCCACUAAAAGUACAAUUUUGUAAACAGUUAUGGAAAUUUUUUUAGUUAGAUUCUUUUUCAUUGUAAGUGAUUUUAAUGUUGUUUUUUCAUGCUUUGCCUACCAGGACCUGAAUUAAAUCCAAUUCUAUGGCGGGUGCUGUAUUUUUAUAAUUAUGGCGGGCGCCAUAAUAUUGAUUAAACCCAGGCCCUUGUGUCUGCUUUAGAUAAGACUUUACUCUUCAAUUAAAAGUGAUGAAUGACCAGUUUAGAGUUAGACUACUCUUAAGGAAGCUGGCAAGCUGAAUGACUGGAGAGAGGAAAGAAUUGGGAUUUUGCAACAUGUUCAUGUCCUGAUCAUUUGUAUGCUGUAUUGUUUUUUGUUUUAUUUUUUAUUAAAAUAACUAAACUUG